CUAAAAUAGAAGGAAGGACUAAUACCAUCAGUCUAUCCAUCGUAAAAAUGAUCAAAAUGGAUGCACCCUAGCAAUGGAAAAUAUACCUUCUGCUUUCUCCUAUGGGUCUGAAGAAGUAGGCAGCAUGGAAUUCCCCAACUCCCAGCCAGUCAGUGUGGAUCCAUCGGUCCAUGGGACCCCAAACCUGAUUGCUGGUGUGCAGUACACAUCCAUGGGACCUGGAGUCCAGAGGGAUACUAUAUGCGCCACACAAGGAAAUAUGGCAUUACAGAGGGCAAAUGCAUUUGAUCUGCCCCAUUUGCAGCUUCAAUACCACCAAGCAAUGUCCAUGCCAGCUUUCCCCAACUUCCCAGGAGGAACAUUUAACCAGAUAGUUUCUCCAAGACCUCAAAUGACUCCCACCAAUCUCCCAGCAAUGGCUGGCUUUACAGAUCCAGCCCAAUUCAUUCCACAAGCAGUUCUUACACAACAGCGGUCAGGGCCCCUGCCAGAUAAGAUGGACACACUUCCAAGCUUUAGUUCAAUAGUGUCCUCAGCAGCCACCAGUCUGUCCACCAUGAACAUGCACCCACAGCUGAUGAGCAGCAACAAAGAAGCACCUCUGACUGCUGCUCACAUGUUUGCUGCUCAAAGCAAGAUGCCUGUUACCACAUCUCAUUCCUCCCAACCCUUGUCAGAUCCAGCAGAUUCUCAGGUACAACAAGUAUUCUUUACAUGUCCACAACCAAAUACUCAGCUUUCACUCAAUCAGCAGCAACGGCAGCAGAAACCUGCAGAGUUUCUGCCCCGAGGUCAAUCACCAGCUGUACAGCAUGAUAUAAGCUCCUCCACAUCUGCACAGUCGGCGGGUUCCCAGUAUCGGCCAACACAAGCUUGUUUCGAUGCAUCUCCUGAUACUGAUGCAGCGAACACUGGCUUCUUUAUCCAGUCUGAAUCUGCAGCAGGGCAAGUUCACAGUGUUCCCCCCAAACCAGCAGUCUCAUCCUUGCCAAAUAGUAGAGGGACCCUGUCCUUCACAGCUGCUGGACUGGUUCCUGUUAAUCGGUCUGCUUUUGAACAAGCAGCCAACUCGGAGCAUUCAAACGCUAGUUCUGUUCUCCAAGACACCAGUUGCAGCAAUGGCCAUGAUAGAUCACCUUUGCCAACUGAUGAUGAAACUGAUGGAGAGAAGUAUUCAGAAACAGCCAUGUUUACGGAGUCAUUGACUCCCCAUUCCUCAAAUGAUACUCAAGGUAAAAUUCAUAUAUCCAAACCCUCACUCAAACAUACCAUUAAAAAGUGUCCCUCCAGAGUCUCACGGGAGAGAGCAGCUGUUUGUAAACCUAAAUCCAUUCCUGAUACCCCUUCGCCCCAUACAGUUCGAUUCUUUUUGCUAGGCAGAUUUGGUGAUCAGUCACCAUGGGCACAUCAGACAGAAUGCAAUGUGUAUGAUACCAGUGACAAUAUUGACUUUGAUGAUUGUUUAAAUUUUGGUAACAUGACUGAGCUUCAAGAUGACAACCGCAAUACUACAGGUGAAGCCAAAGAAACAUUACAGUGUGAUGGAAGACAACAUUCUGGCUUGACUGAGGAUACGGAAGCAAGGCAGGAGACACCACCUUACAGGAACAGAGUGUCUCAGAACAAAGUUGGCAUUCCAUCAACGUCUGAAACGAUCUCUGCUAGCCAGGAAGGCAGCCUUCUCUCACCAACUGGUAGCUCUGGUUCUGAUGGCAUGCCAGAUGAAGACGCUCCCUCAGCUGAUGUGUCUGCAGGUGAAAGUGCUGACAGAGGAAAACCACAGGAGUCCGAGACUGAUGAGGAGGAUAAUGGCCCUGUGUUUCCGGGGAUGGAGAAGUGUUCAUCAGGUGCCAUCAAUCCAAGAGCGUUCUUUCAGGUUCAGCCCGACCUUGAAGACAUUCCAUACUUCGAUUAUGUUGACAAGGAAGCAGAAAUGAAGCGUAAAAUGUGGCAAGCCAAGAAAGAGCAACUUGAAAUGGAAAGGAUGGAUGUGCAUGUGAAGAUUGACGACUCCCAGUGUAUCACUGUUGGUGAUCAAAAACGGUGGCAGUGUCACAAAUGUCCCAAGAACUAUACGACCAAACAUAAUCUUGUUACUCAUAUCCUUGAUCACAGGGGUAUUAAACCCCAUCUGUGCAUGGUGUGUGGCAAAUAUUUCAAACAGCUGAGCCACCUCAAUACUCACAUGUUGACUCAUGACAACAUCAAACCUCACGUGUGCUCACUCUGUGGCAAGGGCUUCACCCAGGUGAGCCAUCUGAAGAGACAUCAAGCUGUCCACUUGGACAACAAACCCUACAUCUGUGAUAUCUGCAAUCGCGGCUUCGCUUACCCCAGUGAGCUGCGGGUCCAUAAGGAGAAGCACAUCCCGGGGAGGGACAAGUGUGUGGACUGUGGGGAGGACUUCUCCAGCCCCAAGCUGCUCAAGCAGCACCAGGCCACCCACGAGCAGAGGGAAGAACUCACUUGUUCACAGUGCAAUCGGAUGUUUCGCUAUCCUAGUCAGCUGAGGGACCACAUGGUUACUCAUUCCGGGACACGCCCCUACAUCUGCACCGAGUGUGGCAUGGACUUCAUGAAGGACCACCACCUCAAGGCCCACAUGUUCACACACACGGGGCUGCGGCCCUACAGCUGCCAGGAGUGUGGGCGAGCCUUCAACCAGAAGGCCAACCUCCAGCGCCACAUGCUGAUCCACAGCUCGGAGCGGGCCUACAAGUGUGAGCAGUGCGACAAGACCUUCACCCAGCCACAGACUCUCAAGGCACACAUGGUGGUACAUGCUGAAAAGAAACCCUUCUGGUGCAGUAUUUGUGGUAAGGAGUUCGGCCGCCUGCACAACCUCCAAGGUCACAUGCACAUGCAUAACAACUCCAAGCCCUAUGUGUGUUUCUGUGGGAGCUCAUUCACACUCAAAGGAAACUUGAAUCGCCACAAGAAGGUGAAGCAUGGCCUCAACGAGAGCACGGAAAGCAUGGAGGAGGAAGCUGUGAACUUCCUCAGCCUCAUGUCCGAGCGAGUCAGGGAGGAACGAACACAGGACGACGAGGAUGCAGAGCAACAGGAUGCACAAGAAAUGUUGGACAGCCCACCUCUUGACCAAUCAGGUGACCUCAAAUCUCACAGGAGAGAGAGGAAGUCAACUCCAAGGAAGAUUCCAAGACAGAGGAAGUCCAUGGACAAUGAUGAUAGUUCCUCUAGAGAUCAGUGUGAUGAUGAAGAGGAACUGUCACAGUACUUCAGGCCACUGAGUGGCAUCAACAGUCAGACUAGACCCUCCAGACGCAGUCUCAAGAGAGAGUUUUCAUCGGAUGAGGAAGAUGACACAAGGGCACUUAAAAAACGAAGAGGUCACAGAUCAGUUCAAGUUGAAGAGGUCAAGGUCAAAGAAGAAGUUGCGGAGGAGUCUCUCAGUGAUGGUGAGGUGCGAGAAGAAGGUGAUGAUGAUGAUUGGAGUCCCAGCCAGAAACGGCCACGUUUACAGCGUGGUGCAAAACUUGACUCUAUCAUAGCAAAGAAAUUUCAAAGUGCAUAAUUUAUUUAUGUCUGAGUGCAGUGGUAUAUCUUCAUGGUUAUUCAGUUUUCUCUUUAAUUGUACAUUUGACACUGAAAUAGCCAAGGUUAUGAUAAGACUCUGAAUGUUCAUUGGAAUUAUCAAGUACAAGGAGAACUAAAUAUUGACGUGGUGUCCAUGACAUGGAUUAGCCCAUAUUCUAACAUCCAUGAUCAUCCCCUGUAUCUCCAUUCUGUGAUGAUGUAUACUCUGAAUCCUUUCAUCACUUUAGCUUUGUUUGACACCGGUCUGAAAGAAAUUAACAUCCAAUUAUAUUACCCUUUUCUUUCAUGAUUGACAAAAGCAGCAUUACCAUCAGGACUUUAACUUGAUCUUUGUGUGCCAUUGCAAACACAGCCAGGAUAUCUUGUGAUUUAUUUAAGUACAUUGAGGGCUCGUUCAGAUGGCUUGCUCAGUUUUGAAUCUAGAUCUCUGCUGAACACAUGUUCAGAAGAGGCAUUUUAAUUGGUUGUUGAUUUCAAGCUCAUGAUCGAGAGAAUUCUGUGUGAAGUGAAGAGUGAUGAGAAAGAUGGUGCUGGCAACGUCACUUCUAAAACGAAGCUGAGUUGGUGAAUGCAUCCAGGUAUAUAUCGUCAUCGAAUGGAGAUGCGAUACUCUGGAUAAUGAAGGAUAAUAAUUUAAACUAUACAAAGCACAGCCACUAGUAGUUUAAUUCACCAUUUCAAAAUGUAGACAAUCCAGAUUUAUGCUGUCAGCAAGGACAUGUUCAGAAUUUGAAACUUUACACACAGAAAUCCAGUGAGAAUUUGGUGUACAACAUGUUAAUGGGCUUUGAUGAUACACUUUGUUGCCAUAUGACUGUAAGGUCACCAUACAAUACAUGAUAUGAUUCAUCAAACCUCAAUACCAUCUUCCCGAGCAAGGGAGUCAACUGACUUUAAAAGUGCAGGCUCGAUCGUAGCACCACCAGUGGCUAUUAAGAGUUAUGUCCCUGCUGUGUCCCUCGUACUGAUCAAUCAGAUUCAACCACUCGUAACACUUGCAAUUGGUUCAAACAAAAUGGCGGCGCCAAUACAAGACGAUCUGAUCGAUAAUUAAAGUCUAAUUUGUGAUAAAACGGGUCUAACUUCGCAAAGUGCAUCAAAUCACGUGAGCACCUUGAUUUAAAACAUGAAAAGAUUUGGAAAAUAUCUGUUGACACCGUGUUGGUGGUACACAAUCCUGCAAUUAGAUAAAAUCUGCACAGCAGUUUACAUAUUGGAUGUCCAUUCUGUUACACGAUUUUGAUUGGAAUAUGCUCGUUGUCCAGCCAAAAAAUAACUCCAUAAUUCCAGCCUAUAGUCAGUUAACUCGCUUGCCUCUGGGAGAUGCCUCAACACUUGCCAUUUGUCAUAUUCAGCCCUCAAGAAAAAUGACUGAUGGCCUGACUAAAACAUAUUUGAUAAAUCUGUCAGUCAAGUCAGUUCAAAACUUGGGAACUUGUACACAUUCCAUCAGAAAAUAGUAUUUUAUAAUUCACUUUCAUACAAGUCAACAUGUCACAUACACAUGUACCAUUUGGUAUUGAUACACAACCUCGGGAUACUUGCAAAACUUGUCAGGUAUCACGAUACUUGCAAUACUUGUCAGGUAUCACAGUACUUGUCAGGUAUCACAAUACUUGCAAUACAUGUCAGGUAUCACAAUACUUGCAAUACUUGUCAGGUAUCACGAUACUUGCAAUACUGUUAGGUAUCACAAUACUUGUCAGGUAUCACAAUACUUGCAAUACUUGUCAGGUAUCACAAUAUUUGUCAGGUAUCACGAUACUUGCUAUACUUGUCAGGUAUCACGAUAUUUGCAAUACUGUUAGGUAUCACAAUACUUGUCAGGUAUCACAAUACUUGUCAGGUAUCAAAAUACUUGUCAGAUAUCACAAUACUUGCAAUACUUGUCAGGUAUCACGAUACUUGCAAUACUUGUCAGGUAUCACAAUACUUGCAAUACUUGUCAAGUAUCACAAUACUUGCAAUACUGUUAGGUACACUGAAUCUUUAAAGCCCAAACAUGUUGUACAUGCUUUAACUGGCUUCACUAAAAAGUACUCACAAUUUAAGAUUCCACAGUGUAUCAAGGAAAAGCAUUUUGGUCAUACAUCAUUUUGGAAUUACGGUAUUUUGUCAGUGGAAAACAAAUAUUGAAGAGUUUUAAGGUUUUGUCAAAUGUACCUUGUAAUAUCUUACUGUAAUUCUGAUGAAAUCCUACAAUGUCUGUAUAUUGUUUUGUUCAUAUUGAAAAUAUGUUCAACUUGAAAUGUGAAUAUUUUUAUACUUCAAAGCAAUUUGAUCACUGUGUUAUUUAAGACAAGGUGUUAUAUUAUUAUUGCUAUGUGCCAUGCUAGACAAUAACAAAAGACUGGAGAGGUGAAGGAUUGACUGUCGGUCUUGUAUUAAGUUUUACAUUUUAAAAAUCUCCUGUGAAACCUGUAGAACUAUUAUGUCUGAUAUAUAUUCCUAUAGCCUGCUCAUCAUUGGUGUCAUGCCAUGGCUGGAACGAGUCCAAAUUCACUACCCGGGUACCCACCCCACUAUUACCCGACCCUACCUAGGUACCCACUGUAGGUCUCAGGAGAUGUCUCUAAAUGUCCGAUUGGGAACCCUGGCAAAACGUAGUUAGAUACAUGUAUUAAA